AUGCGUUUCCGUCUUCUUAUCAUUUCUUUUUGUGCGCUAGUUACUGCGUCUUCUGGAGAUGACAUCGACAAAUUGGGCAAACCUUCUAGUGGAUCUGAUGUUUCUGCUGGUAACAAGAUUGGUAAUGGAGAUGGCGGCGGUAUUGACAUCGAUACUGGCGGUGGUGAUAUUGGGAGCAUCGGAGUUGGGGUUGUGACUACUGUGGCUGGUUGCAACCCGGCUAUUUGUGAUGCGCAGUGCGCCCCCGGUUCGACUUGCUCAGCUGGCUCCUGCAUACCAGCAUGCAGCUUGAGCUUCCAGUCACAGGAAACUUUCCCUGUAGGGGCGGACUUUCCUAUUAGCGUGGCAGUGGGAGAUUUCAACGGAGACGGCCACCCUGAUAUCGUGACGUCAGAUAUCUACAGUAAUGUAGUGAGCGUCUUGCUAGGGACCGGAUCAGGAAGCUUUCAGCCAGAAACCACUUUCCAGGUGGGGGUUUACCCAAGGGGCGUGGCAGUAGGGGAAUUUACCAAGAGUGGCUACCUUGACAUUGUGACUGCCAAUUCCAUCGACAACACAGUCAGUGUCUUAUUUGGUACUGGAUCGGGAAACUUUCAGACACAGCAGACACUUGCUGUGGGGUCUGGCCCGGAUGGAAUUGCAGUGGGCGAUUUCAACCGGGAUGGCCAUCUCGAUAUCGUGACUGCCAAUUCCAACGAUAACACUGUGAGUAUCUUGCUUGGCACCGGAACUGGUACCUUCCAGCUACAGACUACUUUUGCUGUGGGCGUCUUUCCGAGGGGUGUUGCAGUCGGAGACUUUAAUAGGGAUGGUCAUCUUGAUAUCGUGACUGCGGAUUAUCAUGGAAAUACGGUCAGUCUUCUACUCGGAACAGGAACUGGAAGAUUCCAGACAGCGAAAACUUUUGCAGUUGGGUCUGAGCCACUCAGUAUUGCGGUAGGCCACUUAACAAAAGGCGGCGACCUUGAUGUCGUGGUUACAAACUAUGGUGGUAAUUCAGUGAGCGUCUUACUGGGAACUGGAUCCGGAAGCUUCCAUACACAGACCACUUACGCGGUGGGUUCCUUACCAUUCGGCGUGGCAGUUGGUGACUUCACGAACAAUGGUCAUCUCGAUAUCGUGGCUACAAAUGGUGGGGAUGGGACAGUGAGUGUCUUACUCGGAAGCGGAACCGGGACCUUCCAGCCGCAGACCAUCUUUCCGGUGGGAAAUUUGCCGCAAGGUGUUGCGGUGGGUGACUUCAAUGAUAACGGCUUCCUUGACAUUGUGGUUACGAAUUUCGAUGAUUUCACGGUGGGUCUCUUGCUUGGAAUGUGCGGCAAUUGA